AUGUCUAAAGAGCCGACGGUUCAGUUCGACAAGUCGCCCUACGUGGGGAGCUUUGUCCAGAUUCUGUUGAAGGGAAAUUCGAUUACUCGAGUCCACAAAGGGGUCGUCCCAGCCAACUUACUAUCCAGCAGGAGUAAGGAAGUAACCCAUGCAAUUGCACCCACAUCGACUACGCCGAUCUUGGAUAUGCAGGCCAUCGCGAUCGAUACGGCCCACGUCGUCAUCCAUUUCUUCUACACCAAGCAGUAUGAUUGCAUGAAACCCAAGGACAUCUCUGGCCAUUUAGCGAAAGGCUACGAGCUGAGGGUGACACUGCAAGUCUUUGAAGCUGCUACAAACAUGGAAUUACCGUGUUUGGUAGCCCUGGCGAAGGCAGAAUCUCUGCGUCUCUGCAAUGACCUGGAUCUCUUGAAUCUCCUUGCCAUUCUAGGAAAGCACAGCUUCAGCUACAAAAGUUUCCCCGAACUCGAACAGUAUAUUGCAUCUCAGCUUGAAAAAGUGAUUACCAGUCCUUGCAGCACUUUUGCAACUGGCCUUCUGAGCCGGGAUACUCCAAACAGCAUCACAGACAUGCUUGUCAGAAGAUUGGUCACUAUGGCUCGAGUGGACCAGGGACGAGAGGCCAAAGCGAAGCCUGGACCCGAACAUGAACCGUCAAACAUGAUCAAGGUUGGAACAAAGGAGCAAUCUUCUCAAAACCACAUCGCCAGAGGAAUUUGGCAUAAAGACACUCCUACAACACAGCAAAAAGCUGUCGAGGAGUUUCUCUUUCCGACAGCACAUCGAUCACUAAAAGUCAGAAAGUCGGUGGAUGAAACCUUUAAGAUUCCUUCCUUAACAGUUUCUCUCCAAGGCUCUCGUCUUGGACAGGCGCAAGAAAAAGCUGAUUCUGGGCCUUCAAGGUUGACAGACAGACCUAAUCUAUUUCAGAUUUUCCCCCGCGGGUUUGAAACGGUUCCUGACGCUGAAAAGAAGUCAAACCCCACUGACCUUGGAAGUUCCUUCUCAAAGCUGAAGGACUCUCUUGCUAAUCGUUCAGUGGCCGAGACACACUCGGCCAUUCACCGCGAAAUAAACAGAGUCGUGACCAAGACAUUGGGGAAACCAGAGGAUGAACGACGAGAAUCUACUUGCAUUGAUUCUAACAGUGGAGGGGUGGAUUUUGACUUGGAGCCUCAUCCUACAAUGACGCCAAGCCCGACUGAUUCAGAGGAUUCGGAUACGGGGUUUUCGCUGAUAUACGAUGCAGGUUCGACCGCAUCUAGCAACAAUAUCUAUGUGUUUUAG